CAAGACUUCCAUUCGCAUAGCACCACACUCUUCUUUCUCGUCUGCCACCAUCCCUCUGCUUGAUAUCCAUCUUUUUUUUCUUUCUUGAUCGGUGUUACUGUGUGGUUUGCGUCCUCUCAAUCCUUCUCCAUUCAUUCACGCCUACUCUCAUGUGCAGUCCUGCCUGGUUCUUUGCGUUUUCCAACCUCAGACAGAAGAGCAGGAAAAUCUUUUCACUCAGUUUAUUUUUCGGAUUUUCAAAAAGAUCGCCAUGAAGCCUUUUUCUAAAUUUACAGUUUGGAAGAAUUUCCGACUGAUACAAGCGGGGUGAAUUAGGGCAGAGAGUGAUUUAAUUUAUUAUUUUACGCAUCAACAAUCGUACGUAUUCUGGAGAGGAUAAAGCUGAAAACGCAUUGUGGGUUUUUGAAAAAAAAAAUCCUUCUUAGCUUUGCGAAAGGUAACGCGGAGGUGGAGGAAAGGGAUUUUAAUGAGAGCAACUAAUCCGACUGUAUUAAGUUUGCUGAGGUAGGGUACCUGUCAGGAAAAAAAAAAAAAAAAAAAAAAAAAAAAAAAUAGCGGAGGAGCACCGUGGAUAGCUACGCGUCAUUUCCAAGACACCCGCGCAACAAGCCAUCACCAUUACACCAGCCUGCUGGGUGAAUGGCACACGGGGUGUCUUCCUCUCUUGAACUGGUGCAGGGUAGCCACGCUGUGACCAGGAUCCAGCCGAGAUUCUGGGCUUUCUAGCAAUAUGAAAUAUAAGUUCAUGUCCUGAGGCCACAACUUCCACACUGGGCUGACUCACAGACAACUGCACCCAGGUUUGUACGAACCUUCACAUGUGACAUGCAUUGAUCUCCACCAUUAGAAGACUCCAAACCUCAUCACGCCACCAUGUCUCUGCGCAAGCGUAUUUUCAACUGCAUUCCACCUGUCAACCCCUGCAUGUUCAUCUCGCUUCUGCUGGUUCUUCUCCCGGGAGUCACACAUUUUUGCCACGGCAGCAGCAGCGAAGAUGCUGGCAGCACGUCAGGCAACUGCUCUAGUGAAGAUAAUUGCUCAGAGGGCGUGGUGCUGCCCAUGUGGAACCCCCAGAACCCUGCGGUGGGUGACAAGGUGGCACGUGCCAUUGUUUAUUUUGCAGCUCUCAUAUACAUGUUCCUGGGCAUGUCCAUAAUCGCCGACCGCUUCAUGUCGUCUAUCGAGGUCAUCACCUCUCAGGAAAAGGAGAUCACCAUCAAGAAGCCCAACGGUGAGACGACAACGACCACUGUGCGCAUCUGGAAUGAGACGGUGUCCAACCUGACCCUCAUGGCCCUGGGCUCAUCGGCGCCAGAGAUCCUGCUGUCUGUCAUCGAAGUGGUCGGUCAUAAUUUUGAGGCCGGAUCUCUGGGUCCCAGCACCAUUGUGGGAAGCGCUGCAUUCAACAUGUUCAUCAUCAUCGCUCUCUGCGUGUACGUGGUGCCAGAAAAUGAAACCCGCAAGAUAAAGCACUUGCGAGUGUUUUUUGUCACUGCUGCAUGGAGCGUGUUUGCCUACAUCUGGCUGUAUCUCAUCCUGUCAGUGUUCUCCCCCGGAGAGGUGCAUGUUUGGGAGGCAGUCCUCACCUUCCUCUUCUUCCCUCUCUGCGUGCUGCAAGCCUGGAUUGCAGAUCGGCGCCUGCUCUUCUACAAGUACGUCCACAGGCGUUAUCGUGCUGACAAGACCCGCGGCAUUAUCAUCGAAUCUGAGGGAGACGCCAUGUUCACUAAGAUGGAUUUGGAGAUGGACGGACAGGGCGUGAACUCCCACACUCACCCCAAAGAGGCUCUGGAUGGGAUGCUGGAGGGAGUGGAGGAAGGAGGAGGGAUGAGCGCCGAGCAAGAUCAGGAAGAAGAAGCCCGUCGGGAGAUGGCCCGCACUCUGAAAGAGCUAAAACAGAGGCACCCGGAGAAAGACAUGGAGCAGCUGAUUGAGAUGGCCAACUACCAAGUGCUGGUCCAACAGCAGAAGAGCCGCGCCUUCUACCGCAUACAAGCCACACGCAUGAUGAUCGGAGCUGGGAACAUCCUGAAAAAGCACGCGGCUGACCAGGCCAGGAAGGUGGUGAGCUGUCAUGAGGCCAGUGGGCAAGAAGAAGAUCCCAACACCAUUUACCUCCAGUUUGACCCCUCUCACUACCAGUGCUUUGAGAACUGCGGCUCACUAAAGCUGUCAGUGAGCCGGCACGGAGGAGAGAGCGGCUGCACUGUCAAGGUGGACUACCGGACAGAGGAUGGGACCGCUAACGCAGGCUCAGACUAUGAGUUCGCAGAAGGCACUUUGGUCUUCAAGCCUGGUGAGACGACAAAGGAGUUCACUGUCGGCGUUAUCGAUGAUGACAUUUUUGAGGAGGACGAGCACUUCUACGUGCGCCUCAGUAACCCACGCAUCGUGCACCGUGCCGAGGUCUCCGUCUUGGAGCCAAGUUCCAUCACCUCCAGCAACAGCACGGUGGGCCUCUCCCCCCACGUUCCUCCGAAGGCUGCCCUGGGCAACGCUCACACCGCCACGGUAACCAUCUACGAUGACGACCACGCCGGCAUCUUCACGUUUGAGAGCAACACCACCAGGGUCAGUGAGAGCGUCGGCAACAUGCAGGUGAAGGUGCACCGGACGUCCGGGGCAAGAGGGAAGGUGGCCGUGCCCUACCACACCAUGGAAGGCACCGCCAAAGCAGGGGAGGACUACGAAGACGUGUCCGGCAAGCUGGAGUUUCAGAACGAUGAGACCAUGAAGCUGCUGAACGUGAAGAUCAUCGAUGACGAGGAGUACGAGAAGAACAAGACGUUCACAAUUGUGUUGGAGGAGCCCAUACUGCUGGAGGUGGGGCAGAGACACGGAGACACCAAUGAUAACAAGACAGCGGCAGGACCAGAGGAUGUGUCAAAGAUGGGCUGUCCCUGUCUGGGAGAGCACACUAAGCUGGAGGUGGUCAUUGAGGAGUCCUACGAAUUCAAGAGCACAGUGGACAAGCUGAUCAAGAAGACGAACCUGGCCCUGGUGGUGGGGAGCAGCAGCUGGAGAGAGCAGUUUGUUAGCGCUGUCACUGUCAGCGCAGGUGACGAUGAUGAGGAGGAGAGUGGGGAGGAACGCUUGCCAUCCUGCUUCGAUUACAUCAUGCAUUUCCUGACUGUUUUCUGGAAAGUCCUCUUCGCCUUUGUCCCACCGACUGAAUACUGGAACGGCUGGGCCUGCUUCUUUGUCUCCAUCUCCCUCAUUGGCGUUCUGACAGCUGUGACCGGGGACUUGGCCUCACAUUUCGGCUGCACCGUCGGCCUCAAGGACUCAGUCACUGCUGUCGUGUUCGUGGCCCUCGGCACCUCUGUUCCAGACACAUUUGCGAGCAAGGUGGCGGCCAUCCAGGAUCAAUACGCUGACGCUUCCAUCGGCAACGUGACGGGCAGCAACGCGGUGAAUGUAUUCCUGGGCAUCGGGGUGGCGUGGACCAUCGCAGCAGUUUACUGGCGUAGCAAAAACAAGCCGUUCAAUGUGAACCCGGGCUCCCUGGCCUUCUCCGUCACCCUCUUCACCAUUAUGGCGCUGGUAUGUGUGGUGGUGCUGCUCUACCGACGGCGUCCCAGCGUGUCGGGCGGAGAGCUCGGAGGCCCAAGGACCGCCAAGCUCAUCACCUUCUUCUUCUUCAUCUCCCUCUGGUUCAUCUACAUCCUCCUGUCCUCGCUGGAGGCGUACUGCCACGUGCCUGGCUUCUGAGACGGAGGGAAACGCACAGACGUUGCGCCUCUACUUGUUUUUACAGUGUACCUAAAGUGUUUUCUCUCUGGUUUUGUCUAUUUUCACAAAGGGUUUAUAACUAUUUGUAUCAUUAGUUCUUAUUGAUUCUGCGCAAUAUUUGAUUGACUUUGAAUCUGCGGACUUUGGAACUUUGCUGCCACCCACUACGCUGUGAAGGAUAGCUUUAGCCACCCAAAUAAAAAAAAUGUUUCUUCUCCAUGUGUAAUAUUAUGUUUAACAGGACAUAUAUCUUAACAUAAAUUGCAUCUGUCACCUGACACAUACAGCUUCAUGUCCUCUUGCUAUGUUGACAGUUAUUUGAGUUUUUAGGUGUUAAGGAAGCACAAGCCCGAAGCGAAACAUUCCUCAUACUCUGGUGAGUGUUGCAGAAUAAACAAAAGGUGGUGCAUGGGAUGACAUUAUUCAGAAAGACUGAAGUGAGCAGUAAAGCAUAUUUGUGUGGUGAUAUUUAUUAAAUCUCAAUCUAUACAUUAGUUAUUCAAUGUAUCUCAUGUAAAAGAUGAACAUUGUGCGUGGGGGUUUCGUGAAAGACUAGGUGUGUUUACUUUUGCACGUUAUUAGAUUCAAAGUUUCUUGGUAAACUAUUUUAAAGUAUCGUAUGUAUUUUGACAUGGCUGUUGACGUGUUGACGUGUUCCUGUACAUGUGAAUCACAGCUGUAUCAUACUCGUCUCACUGCCUGGUGCCCGUCCGCUCAAAGCUUUCCCAAACCGUAUGAAGGUUUAUUUAAAAAACAGUUUUGAUAAUUUUAUUUUAUUUUUUUCUGACAGAAGUGAACAUGGAGCAGAGAUCCCACUUCUAAUUGUAUAAAUUCUUUGGAGGACACUUGUGAUUUUUGCGUGUAUGCGUGUGGUGAGCGUGUGUCUGUCCUCUGCUCUGCUCUUUGGGCACAAAUUGGCAAAAGGCGCAGUGCCGUCUCCUCUUCGACUCCAUAAAUCGCACAAGGUUCAUGGCGGAGAAAAAAAAAAAUGAAUGUUGGAGUCUGAGAGCAGAUAUGAAAAGCGCACCACUUUUCUUAUCUGUCAUGUUGACACUGAACAUUUUUCAACUACAUCACUUUUAGAAGAAGCACAGCAGCGAGCAGAGGGACACUGUUCAAAUGAGGGUGAAGACCGAGGUCCCUGCCGUGGCACAAUCACAGGUCCAUCAUCCGACAUGAAACAUGUGGUGAAAGUGAAAACAUGGUACAGUGUUUCCUGAAUGUGUCUCCUCGUUUUGCACAGCAGUCGAUACUGGAUUUUGUUUUUUUAAAUUUAACCUAGACUCUGUAGAGCCAUAUUUAUUGUAACAGUAUUAGCGUAGAGGUAUUUCUAUGACCAACUUUAGUUUUAUUGAUAUGCACGUUUAAUGUAUAAAAAGUGGAAAUAAAUGUUUCUGAUUUA